AUGUUGGACAGGUACUACUCGGCACUGCUUCAGAAGCUUGGUGGGGUUAAUGUUGUGAUCUGCAAGCCACCAUGUGAGCACGUGUGGAAGAGAGGCCUCCAGCUGCCAUUUCUUCUGCUCUACUACCUCCUCCCCUCUGGCAGCUCUCAGCAUGUGAGUAUGCUGCCGCCUGCAGGAGGUGGAGGGACGUCCGAGCGGCUCCACAACAUGGCCCAACUGUGGACCGGGGGCCACAACCAGCAGUUCGGGGAGGACAUGGGCAACUUCUACUCCGCGGGGAGGGACCCGAUCUUCUACGUCCACCACUACAACGUUGACCGGCUGUGGAACGUCUAG